UAUUUUGCGUAUAGAAGAUCUAUUUACUUAGGAACUCCAAGGCUACCAUCAACUUCCUCCCUUGACUACCAAACAAAACAAAGGCCAUGGAAACCCCACAACUUACAGAUGAAAUCAGUUAAACAAAACUCCAGUCAAUAAACAACCUUUGAACAAUGCAAUAUUGCUGGCUGCCUCAAGAACGCCGUGAACCAAUUGUACGGGAAAAGCCACCGGUGGUGCUCUCCAACAACAGAUUCCAGCGAAUCCGUGCAAAUGCCUUUCAGGAAGCCAAGAAGGAGAAGCUGCAUCAGCAGGAGCUGCGCAACCAGGCGGAUGAGAAACUGCGGAUUGGAGGCGAGGAGCUCCUUCGGAAAUUCGCUGGUAGGAAUUUGUGCAUUUCGAGGGAGGAGGAGUGUGCCCGUGAAUUAAAGCAGCUGGAGGAGCAGCACUUGGAGGCAAAGCGACUGGCGGAGGAGGAGACGAAGGCCUCUCGCCUGGAGCACCAGAAAACCAAGAAGGAACGCAUUGAGAAGGCCCAGAAACUUCUGGAGCAACUGCGUCCUGGUCCCCGAGAAUUACAAUGUGCCCGAUUGCAAAGUGAAGUCAUGCGAAGUGUCAAUGUUCAGAGGGAAGUUCAAGCGGAGUUUGACAAGGCCAAUCAGAAGCAGAAGGAACUGGACAGGAAGAUCUUCCAGGAACAAGUCCUUCGAGGAUUCGAGGAGGCUCAACAGCGCCACAAGGAGCAAUGCCAGCAGUUGGGAGAACACAAAAAGGAGUUAUUGAAGUUAAUUGAGGAGAGGGAAAAGGAAAGACAGGCCACCAAAGCCAGGGAGUUGGAGGAAGCCCUUGAAGAGCGUAGGCGCAACGAGCAGAUGUUAAAGGAUCAGCAGGAUAAGGAAAAGGAGCAGAUUGCCCAGAAGCAGCGCCAGAAGAGAGAGGCAGCUCUGGCCUCCCUGGCCAUGGCCGAGCAGAAGCAAAAGCGCCUUCUGAUGCUCGAGGAGGUGGAACAGGUGCAGUGCGAUGUCCACAACCAGGCCAAAGGUUAUUUGGAGAAACUCAAAAGGGACAGGGCCAAGGAGCGAGUGGAGCAACGCAUUCGGAGAAAUGAAAAACUGGCCCAAGAGUUGGCUCCUCGACUUCAUUACAGUGCUCGCGAGGAUGAGGAACGCCACCAGCGACAAUUGGAGGAAAUGCGGAAAAUCCACAGUGCCGAGCAGGCCAAAAAGAAACAAUUAAGGGAGCAGGCUAAAAACGCUCGUUUGGCCAUUCAAAAAGAGGAGGAGGAAUUGGCCAGAAAGAUAAGGGAACAGGCUGAAAAGGAUCGCCAGGAGGCAGUGAAGCUACGCCUUCAAAACGAUCUAACUAAUGUCAAAUUUAAACAGCAGCAGCGACAAGAUGAACUAAAUCGCAUUAGAGAACUCCGACGAGAACUCGAUGAACAGGUGAAAAAACGAGUUGAGGAGGAAACUCGACCAGGUACAAACUACAAUAGAGAAGCUCAAUUGGAGGAGCUACGCGAGGAUGCCUUUUUCUUUGACUAUGCUCGCCAGUUGAUGGACGAGGCCAAGAGCAAAGGAUGUCCUUUGAAGCCAUUCAUCCGCGCUGUUGGCCAGUACAAAAACGAUAAUCGCAUUGGAGCUGAGAUACGGAUUCCCCGCCAUAUGGUAACUCGAUUGCCGAUGGGCAGACGCACUCAAGGAGAUAGCAAGGCCGAGGGCAGGGAAAAGUCCUUGGAAAAACAGGAACCAAAUGCCGAGGAGCUGAGCAAAGAGGAACAGCUCCACAGGCAGAAGAUCGAGGAGAAUCUCAAAAAAAUCGAAGAGUUGGUGUUGCAGGAAGCCAAGGCAAAAAAUGAGUCAAAGGUUUCCAAAUAAAUUGAUUGGUUUUCAGAAAACAAGAAUUUAAAGCUAUACAAAUACAUUUUUAGAAAUUUUAUAUUUAUUUAUUUUAUUUAUUUCUAUUGAAGUUUAGCUUACAACUUUAACUACCCCCUGAGUGAUCAUUAAAUAACCUAAAGAAACCUCAAAAUAAAAUGGUUGAAAAUAAAACCCCCAACUUGACAUGAAUUGCGGUUAAGUAUGUAAGCUGUAACUCGAAGGCAAAGUAUUCGACUGAUAUCAAUUACAAUGGCAACACGAGGCUGCCAAUAAAAUGUAUUGAAUUGCAAUUAAAGGUGCGAAAUUUAAGUCGCCGGCGAUCGAUUUCCAAUGCCAUUACUCACUUCUCUGCCGAAUUCCGUCUUCGGGCUUCAAUUUCAUUUAACAAACUU